AUGACGUACGUCAAGAACUGCUGGCUAAAUCCGAAGAAGAAGGCAAAGAAGAAGAAGAAGAAGGCAAAGAAGAAGAAGAAGAAGGCAAAGAAGAAGAAGAAGAAGAAGAAGAAGAAGAAGAUUUCAAAAGCCCUCGAAGGGCUGCCAGGAAGCUUUGACAAGUCCUUCAAUCUGAACCUCCGUAAAGAGGAAAGGCUGCUCGAGCGAAUGAUGUUGUUCAAGGUGAAUGACAACAAUCUCGAGCGGUACAGUCUGCACAUCCACACUGUGGAGAAGUGGAAGAGCAGACCGAAGAAAAGUCCUGUGGAGUUCCGAGUACGGGGUAUCACGGCGCUAAACAUACGAAAGUGCAAGAGGAGGAGCCAAGAUGAAUUGUUUGAUGAGGAAGAGCGUGGAGAACCUGUUCUUCCUGAGAACCCUGAGAUCCGCAAGAAAUGGCAACAGCACUUGAACAGCAAGGAGGACAUUGAAUGGCUCUGGCAGGCAAAACCUGCGCCUGGUGUUCUUCCGAAAUUCGACAAAUCAGGAGACAAGUAUAAAGAUGUGCUCAAGGUUUUGAGUUUUGCGAUCAAACAGAGAGAAGCUUCUCAGUAUCACGAAGAAUGUGAAAAGAAGGCAGAGACUCAAAGACGCAUGCGAGGCUCCCCACAGGAAGCGACAGUCGAUGAUGAUGAUGAUGAUGAUGGUGAACUGUUAGUUCUCGAGAUCCCGCAGGCCGUGGCGCUCUGCAUGGGGAUAGAGGAGUACAGAAGUCUUCCUACUCUCCCUGGUAUACAGGAGGAGACACUCAGGUUGCUGGGAGCUUUGAGACAGGUCCCUCGUUGUCUUGCUAUCGGAUGGUACCAGCAGGCCGACAACCGCGUCAACGUGGAGACGUUCAUCGAGGCGAACUUCAGUGCGAUGAAGAGCCUGCCUCCUACCUUCGCUCUCCUUCACUUCUCCGGCCAUGUCGUCGUACAUCGCAGCACAGGAGAACUCUGGCUGGCAGCGCCCUCCUUCUCAGCAAACGAUGUCGAAAGCGACAAGGAAAGGCUAGAUCACGGCAUUUCCUUGUCCCAGCUCACCUCGUGGUGGAAGACCUCCUUUCCCUCGGACAGCCCUCAAGUCCUCCUCAUCGUCGACGGAUGUCGCUCAGAUGUCAGCAGCAGGCCGCUGUCAAGCAUUGUGCACAAAAUGCCUGCCAAGUGGACUCUGUGCUGCUUCCGAAGCACUGGGAGUGAGGGGAGGAGAAGCGAUUCUGCCAUGUGCCGGAGGCUGGUAGACAGGAUCAAUAGAAUCGUUGCCGACAGACAGAACCUGCAAGACCUCGUCCCUUGGAUGUGCGAGGAAAAUCUGCCCGAGGGGAUCGAGGCUCGGUUACUGAGAGAACUGCCGCAAGUAGUGGACCUUACAGGAGACGAUGAUGACGUGGGUCCGGCGGAGCCCAGGGGUGUGCAAAGAGGAGGAGGGAGCAGCGGGGAGCCAGCAGUGAAGAGGUUCAGGGGAAACUAG